AUGUCAAAUGAAACAGCGUCUAUGAGAGAAAUACAACACCGACAACUCAUUAUGCAAGCUCUAAAUAAGAACACAACAAACUUUUCAAACUAUUCUAAGAUAUCUGAGUCAUUGAAAGAAGGAAACUUAAAACUGACGAUAAACCCAAUGACAGAUGAGUUUCUGUUUCAAGACAGUAAGAACCAUACUGUUUGUAUAAAUCCAACAAAAAGAACUUUAAACGAGAAACCUAUAGAUGAACUUCUUUUGAAGGCAGAUAUUGACAACAAAGCUGACAAAGAGUAUGUCAUUGAAAAAGUUCAAGAAGAACAUGACAGAGCAGAUGCAACAUAUGCAACGAAAGAACAUACUCAUCCUGAACUAGCAGACAAAACAUAUGUUGACAAUAAAAUGUCAAGUGAAGUGACAAGAGCUGACAAAGAAUAUUCUAAAAAGACUCAUACACAUACCAUUGCAAAUAUUACAAACUUACAAGAAACCUUAAACAGGAAAAGUGACGUUGGACAUACACAUAGCUUCUUCGCAACUGUUGGUAUAGAAAAUAUUGAAGGAACGGUUGAAGAAACUGGUGGGGAUGCAAUAUAUUGGAAACCUCCUAACUUUCCACAAGGUUUAACAUCGGAAGAAGACAUAACAACGAUGAGAUACAUUAGAUGUAGAGAUGUUUAUGUCAUGGAGGAUGAAAAUAAAGUUAAAUUCACUGCUCAAGAUUUAUAUGACAAGAAAGCAGACAAAACAGAGCUUCAAACAUUAAAGACAGAAAUACUUCAAACCAUUUACCCAGUUGGUUCUAUUUAUACGUCAAUGAACUCUACCAGACCAGAAGUAGUACUUGGUUUUGGAACUUGGACUCAAAUACUCGAAAGUUUUUUGUAUUGUGCACACACUCCAAAGAAAACAGGUGGAAGUAAAACGAUAUCUGUCGACAACUUGCCACCACAUAGUCAUUCUGGUACAACAAACUUUUCUGGCGACCAUAGCCACUCAUUAAGAGACCACCCAUUAUACAACUCAGAGUAUGAAGCUGGCUAUGACGUUUUAUCUCCAGAUUAUAACCAUUCAGCAAAAAAGACUUUUCGACAAACUGAACCAGGAGGAAACCACCAACAUACUUUUACAACAACAUCUACAGGACUAGGUAAAAAAUACAUGCCACCUUACAUGACAGUUUGUGCAUGGUAUAGAAAUGCUUAG